AGGACCCCGGCCAGUGAGCGCCUGUGUUCCGGGACCGCCCCUCCCGCGCGCUCUUUCGCUGUGAGCCCGGGCCGGUGUAGCGGCGCAUGGUUCUGGCAGCAGCCAUGAGCCAGGACGCGGAUCCCAGCGGUCCGGAGCAACCGGACAGAGAUGCCUGCGUCGUGCCUGGCGUUCAGGGGGCCCCCGCGCCCCAGGGCCAGCGAGGGAUGCAGCCUCUGCCGCCACUGCCACCGCCGCAGCCUCAAGCCAGCCUGCCCCAGAUCAUCCAAAAUGCCGCCAAGCUCCUGGACAAGAGCCCCUUCUCAGUCAGUAACCAGAACCCCCUGCUCCCUUCGCCGGCCAGCCUCCAGCUGGCCCAGCUCCAGGCCCAGCUCACCCUCCAUCGGCUGAAGCUGGCACAGACGGCCGUCACCAGCAACACUGCAGCCGCCACGGUCUUGAAUCAAGUUCUCUCCAAAGUGGCCAUGUCUCAGCCUCUCUUCAACCAGCUGAGGCAUCCAUCUGUACUGGGCACCCCACAUGGCUCUACUGGGGUUUCCCAGCAUGCUGCCACCAUACCCAGUACCCGAUUUCCUUCCAAUACAAUUGCCUUUUCAUCGCCCAGCCAGGCACGAGGCCCAGGACCUUCUGUGAGCCUCCCCAGUCAGCCCCCCAAUGCUGUGGUGGUACAUCCCUUCAGUGGGGUGAUGCCUCAGACCACUGCCCAUCCAGCAGUCAUCCUAGGCAUUGGGAAGGCUGGACCUACACCAGCUACUGCAGGCUUCUAUGAGUAUGGCAAAACCAACCCUAGCCAGGCCUAUGGUUCUGAAACAGAGGGCCAGCCUGGCUUCUUGCCAGCCUCGGCCUCGGCCACAGCAUCAGGUAGUGUGGCCUAUGAAGGGCACUACAGCCACACAGGGCAGGAUGGCCAAGCUGCCUUUUCUAAAGACUUCUAUGGACCCAAUGCCCAAGGGUCACAUGUAGCAGGUGGAUUUCCAGCUGAACAGGCUGAUCUAAAAGGGGAGGCUGGUGGGCUGUUGCAAGGUACGAACAGUCAGUGGGAGAGCCCCCCUGGAUUCUCCGGCCCAAACAAGCCUGAUAUUGCAGCAGGGCCCAGCUUGUGGUCUCCACCUGCCAGCCAGCCCUAUGAGCUAUAUGAUCCCGAGGAGCCCACCUCAGACAGGACCCCUCCUGCCUUUGGAGUUCGGCUUAACAACAGCAAACAGAGGUUCAGCUGCUCCCGGCGGAGGGCGAAGGAGGAGCCAGCGAUGCUGUCCGUGAGGCCUCUGCAGGCUCACGAGCUGAAUGACUUCCAUGGUGUGGCUCCGCUCCACCUGCCCCACAUCUGCAGCAUCUGUGACAAGAAGGUGUUUGACCUGAAGGACUGGGAGCUACAUGUGAAAGGGAAGCUGCAUGCCCAGAAGUGCCUGCUCUUCUCUGAAAGUGCUGGCCUCCAGUGUAUACUUGCUUCAGCAGAAGGGACACUGUGUGCCUCCCCAAACAGCACAGCUGUUUAUAACCCCACUGGAAAUGAGGAUUAUGCCUCAAAUCUUGGGACACCGUAUGCAGCCAUUCCAAGGGCCUUUGCUCAAUCAAACCCCACGUUUCCUUCAGCUUCCUCGGGGGCGAAUUUUGCACAGAGGAACGGUGCCGGACGAGUGGUGCACAUCUGCAAUCUCCCGGAGGGCAGCUGCACUGAGAAUGACGUCAUUAACCUGGGGCUGCCCUUUGGCAAGGUCACUAAUUACAUCCUCAUGAAGUCAACUAAUCAGGCGUUUCUAGAGAUGGCUUACACAGAAGCUGCCCAGGCUAUGGUCCAGUACUACCAAGAAAAGUCUGCUAUGAUCAAUGGUGAGAAGUUACUCAUUCGGAUGUCCAAGCGAUACAAGGAAUUGCAGCUGAAGAAACCUGGGAAAAAUGUGGCUGCUAUCAUCCAGGACAUCCAUUCCCAGAGGGAGAGGGACAUGUUCCGGGAAGCUGACAGAUACGGUGCAGAGCGGCCACGUUCUCGAAGCCCAGUGAGCCGAUCGCUUUCCCCGAGAUCCCACACUCCAAGUUUUACUUCCUGCAGCUCUUCCCACAGUCCACCAGGCCCUUCUCGGGCUGACUGGGGCAAUGGCCGGGACUCCUGGGAGCACUCUCCCUAUGCAAGGAGAGAAGAUGACCGAGAGCCCGUCCCCUGGAGGGAGAACGGGGAGGACAAGAGGGACAGGACAGAUGUUUGGGCACACGACCGGAAACACUACCGGCAACUAGACAAAGCUGAGUUGGAUGAGCGACUUGAAGGAGGGAGGGGCCACAGGGAAAAGUACCUGAGGUCAGGGUCCCCCAGCCCACUCCAUUCUUUGUCCAGCUACAAAGGCCGAGAAGAUGGCUACUAUCGAAAGGAGCCUAAAGCCAAGUUGGACAAAUACCCCAAACAGCAGCAGGAAAUAUCAGGAAGGUUCAGGAGGAAAGACGAGGCCAGACCUCGGGAAACUCGACACCCUCCCCCAGAGGACUCAGGCAAGGAGGAUGAACUGGAACUCAAGAUCACUAGGGCUCCGGAGGGUGCCAAGUCCAAGCAGAGUGAGAAAAGUAAAGCCAAGAGACCUGACAGAGACCAAGGAGGCGCUGAUGAUGAUAAAAAAGAAAGCAGAACGGCGGAGAAUGAGGCUGGAAUUGAGGAACAGGAAGGCAUGGAAGAAAGCCCCCAUGCGGGCAGACAUCAGGAAGGGACAGAGUCCUCUGAUCCAGAAAACACAAGGACAAAGAAGGAACAAGAUUGGGAGAGCGGAAGUGAGGCCGAGGGGGACAGCUGGUACCCCACAAACAUGGAGGAGCUGGUCACAGUGGAUGAAGUAGGGGAAGAAGACUUCAUCAUGGAACCAGACAUCCCAGAGCUGGAAGAAAUUAUGCCCAUUGCCCAGAAAGACAAAAUCCUCCCUGAAAUAUAUCCCUGUGUGACAGCCACCUUAGGUUUGGACUUGGCCAAAGAUUUCACCAAGCAGGGGGAAACCAUAGGGAAUGGGGAUACAGAAAUCAGCUUCACGCUGCCCAGACAACUGCCGUCUACUUCCACAAGCUGUCCCAAUGACACGGACAUGGAGAUGCCUGGCCUAAAUCUGGAUGCUGAGCGGAAGCCAGCUGAAUGCGCGACAGGCCUCUCACUGGAGGUCUCAGAUUGCUGUGAGAAGGAGGCAAGAGGAGCAGAGGGCUCAGAUGUGCGUCUGGCCCCCACAGCCCAGCAAAUGUCUUCCCUCCAGCCAGCAGAUGAGAGGGCCCGGCAGUCCAGCCCUUUUCUCGAUGACUGCAAAGCCAAGGGGUCCCCUGAAGGUGGGGAUCAUGAAGUCAGCCCCCUGGAAGAGAAAGCCAGCCCCACUACUGAAGGCGACCUCCAAGGCCAGGCUUGCCAAGGCGCAUUGACUGAGGAAAACUCCAGGUACAUGGAACUGAAAUCUCUGGAUGUGAGAUCACCAGACUUCACUGAAGCAGAGCUGAAGGAGCCGCUUUCCUUGCCUUCCUGGGAGCCGGAGGACGUGUUCAGCGAGCUCAGCAUUCCCCUAGGAGUGGAGUUCGUGGUUCCCAGGACUGGCUUUUACUGCAAGCUGUGUGGUCUGUUCUACACAAGUGAGGAGGUGGCCAAAGUCAGCCACUGUCGCAGUCCUGUCCACUACAGGAACUUACAGAAGUACUUGUCCCAGCUGGCAGAAGAGGGCCUGAAGGAGAUGGAAGGGGCAGGCAGUCCAAGCCCCGAGGACAGCGGGAUUGUGCCACACUUCGAGAGGAAAAGGCUUUGAUACGGCUGCUGCCAUGGCCACUGUCUCUGGAAGCUGGAUAGGAAGCCUGCUGAACUAGGGCCAGUCUGGCCUCGGGGACAGAACUGAGAGCAGAGAAGGAGGAGAGCCCAGCAGGACACGGUGCUUGGGCUUGUUCCCAGAGACGAGCAAACUCACCCUUCUAAGUCCCGCCCUCCAAGGGUGACCAGCUUCCUGUUUCUUCUGUUUUUCUCUCUUCCUCUCACCUAGCCCUUCUGUGCCAAAGUUCAUUUCCUUUCCAUAAAAUCCAACUUCUCAGGGACUGUCA